GCUCUCCUAAAACCCUAAUCCCUCUGCCAUCACAAAACCCCAACCUUCGACUCGAUAACUCGCUCGUACGCACACAUACAAUAGAGAUGGGGACUGACAGUGAGGCCGAGAAGAGUGCGCUGAAAGAGAGGGAGAAGAAGAAGCUGUUGGCUCUUGCUCCCAUAGCCAAACCACUUGCCGGCAAAAAGCUCUGCAAACGAACCCUCAAACUUGUUCGUCGAGCUGCGGAGCACAAGUGCUUAAAGAGAGGUGUUAAGGAGGUCGUCAAAAGUAUUCGCCGCGGCAACAAAGGAAUAUGUGUUAUUGCUGGGAACAUAUCACCUAUAGAUGUCAUCACUCAUGUUCCAAUCUUAUGUGAGGAAGCCAACAUACCAUAUAUCUAUGUUCCAUCGAAGGAAGACCUUGCAAAUGCAGGAGCCACCAAGAGGCCAACUUGCUGUGUUCUGGUGCUAACCAAGCCCACCAAGGGUGAACUUGGCCAGGAGGAACAAGAGAAGUUGAAGGCUGAACAUGACCAGGUCGCAUCUGAUAUAUCUGAACUUGCUAAUUCAAUGUUUUGACAUGCUGAAAUUACAUAUGCAGUGUGUAUUUUACAUCUAUUAGGACAUGUAAACAUCAGUUCAGAUAAUGUAAUUUUCUACUUGCCUACUCCUAGAUCAUGAAUCUUGUUUACAGUUAAUGAUGAAGCGUCCAGAGCAACAACAGCCUUGAAGAUC